CCGGCCGGUCAGAGCGCCCUGGGGACCGGCGGACUGCGCAUGCUCGCUGCGGGCCCCCGGCCGGCAGCCCUUCGGCGGAGACGAGCCGGCUGCGCGGCGGCUGCGGUCGCGAUGGUUGAAAAUCAACUGAAUUAUGUAUUUCAUUUUGGAAUCUCAAAGCAGUUGGCAAACAGUAAAUUCUUCCUUACGUUAUCAACGGCAGGAGGAACAAUAUGUUUUUAACAAGAAUCAGUAACUGGAAAUACAAGAUUGAUUAUUUAAUAAUGUUAAAAUGAAGUUUUAAUCAGCGAAGGUGCUGUUACCAGAUUUGUCUUCUGGGUGUAAAUUAAACAUGACCGAAGUUCAAGCAAUGGUAGAAUUCUCUGUGGAGCUGAACAAGUUCUACAACGUGGAUUUAUUCCAGAGAGGUUUUUACCAGAUUCGUGCAUCUAUGAAAAUUCCACCAAGAAUUCCCCACAAAGUAGAAGCCAGUUUGUUACAUGCAACAGGUGUGGCUUUAGCCUCUCCAGCUUCAGUUCAUGAUUCUCUGAUUUGUAGUAAAACAUUUCAAAUUCUCUACAAAAAUGAAGAGGUUAUUUUAAAUGAUGUUAUGAUCUUCAAAGUUAAAAUGUUGUUGGAUGAAAAAAAGAUUGAAGAAACUCUCGAGGAAAUGAGUUUUCUGUUAUCCUUGGACCUGCACUUCACAGAUGGAGAUUAUUCGACAGAUGACCUGAACACCUUGCAACUCAUAAGUAGCCGAACACUGAAGCUGCACUUUAGCCUCUAUAAAGGCCUUCAUCACCACGCUAACAUUAUGUUUGAUUAUUUCCACCUGUCUGUUGUGUCUGUGACUGUCCACGCAUCUCUGGUUGCACUACACCAGCCACUAAUAAGCUUUCCUCGCCCUGUGAAGACUACUUGGUUAAAUAGAAACGCACCAGCACAGAGCAGAGACUCUGCGAUUCCUACUCUGGAAAGUGUGGUCUUUGGUGCCAGCUACACGAAACAGUUAUCACCAGAUGGCUGCAGUUUCGUCGUCGCUGACGCCUUCCUCCAUCAUGCCCACCGCUUUCAUUACACCCUCUGUGCCAUUCUGCUGCUAGCCUUCAAGGGAUUGCACAGCUACUUCAUUACGGUAACGGAAGAGAUUCCCUCUUGUCAGAAACUAGAACUGGCCAAGGCCAACAUGCAGGUCCUAUAUGAGCGCCUUCUCAGAAGAAAACAGCCAAGAACCCAGAAAGACUGCUGUGUAGAGGAGAUGGAUGUAGAAGCUCGACUUUCGGAACUGUGUGAAGAAGUUAAGAAAACAGAAAAUCCUGAUGAACUGGCAGAACUUAUAAAUAUGAAUCUUGCACAACUUUGCUCACUUUUGAUGGCUUUAUGGGGGCAGUUUCUAGAAGUUAUAACACUACAUGAAGAACUCAGAAUAUUAUUAGCACAGGAGCACCAUACCUUAAGGGUCCGCAGGUUCUCGGAGGCAUUCUUUUGUUUUGAACAUCCAAGAGAAGCCGCCAUUGCCUAUCAGGAGCUUCAUGCUCAGAGUCAUCUACAGAUGUGCACCGCUAUCAAGAACACUUCCUUCUGCAGUUCUCUCCCACCCCUGCCCAUCGAGUGCAGUGAACUAGAUGGAGAUCUCAAUUCACUGCCCAUAAUCUUUGAAGAUAGGUAUUUAGAUUCAGUUAUUGAAGACGUAGAUGCACCCUGGACGGGAAUUCAGAGUCUCCAGAAGUCAGAGUCCAGUAGAAUGGAUAAAUCUGAGCCUGAAGAGAGCUCUGUAGCAGGACUUUCUAGCCCAGAGUUGAAGGUCAGACCUGCUGGUGCCUCCAGUGUUUGGUACACAGAAGGUGAAAAGCAGCUAACAAAGCCUCUAAAAGGAAAGAAUGAAGAAUCCAAUAAAUCCAAGGUUAAGGUUGCUAAGCUCAUGAAAACAAUGAAACCAGAAAACCCAAAAAAAUUAAUAAAGCAGAACUCUAAGGAUUCUGUGGUCUUAGUAGGCUACAAGUGUUUGAAAAGUACAGCAUCACGUGACCUCACUAGGUGCCCUGAAGGCAGUUCUUUGCGUAGUCAGAAGGAAGGUCUGGAUCCCACCAUAUGUGGAUAUAACCGUGACCCAGAGACCUCCAUCAGACAGCCAAGUCCCGAGGAAGCUAGCUAUUUGCCAGCUAACACAGAGAGAACUGAACAAAAGCCUCCAGGUACUGAAAAAGCACAGCCAGACCAGUUUGAUCCUUUGAACUCUGGCAGCCUAAAUCUUUGUGCAAAUUUGUCCAUUUCAGGUAAAGUUGGUAUCUCCCUGGAUGGUAGUGACAGUGCACACCAGGAUCACAGUCUGGCACCCAGAAGUCCGUCAGACGAUUGCCUUGACCGUCAGGCAGCCCCAUCUUCGGCAGCUCGAGCCAGUGAAGGCAAGCCCAGUGGUGACAGUCCUCUCAGUGGAGCGGAAGUAACUGUUCCAAUGGGGCCGUGGGCUGAGCUCAGCCACGAUGCAGCGGCAGUGGACAGCCUCCUGCCCAGCCCUGAGUGCUUGCACUCCAAUGGCAAAUCUAAGUCUACAGAAGCAGCACUGGAAAAGGAGGCUUUGCAUGAAGGAAAGUGUCAUUUCAUUGGAGAAUCACUAGCAAAAUUAAGAAGUAAUCUAUCUGCCCCUUCUACAAAAGAAUAUCACGUUGUAGUAAGUGGAGAUGCAAUUAAGUUACCAGAUACGGGUGUCACGUCUGCCUCGUCCAGAUUUUCGGAUUCAGGUGUGGAAAGUGAACCAAGUUCUUCUGCAGCACAUCCAAACCUUGAUAUAGUCUUGGAAGCCACACAAGGACAGAGUCCUUUCAGUAAUGAGAGAUUACUUCCUCAUUUUUUCAUGAAGCCUGAUUGUAAUGUAAAAUUUUCACUGGGAAGCCAUUGCACAGAGAGUACCAGUGCUUUAAGUGAAAUACAGUCGUCUUUGACAUCGAUAAACUCUCUCCCUUCUGAUGAUGAGCUGUCACCUGUGGACGGUUCUAAGAAGUCUGUGGUACCUGAAUGCCAGCCAAGCGAUAGCAGCACUGUAUUAAAUCUAGGAAUAGUUGAUUUGCCAAAAUGUGAUGAGACUAAGAAAUCAAGCAUCAUUUUGCAACAGCAGAGUGUUGUAUUUUCAGAGCAUUUAGACAGCGAAACUUCAGCAAUACAUUCCUUCAGUUCAAGCACUAAAGACCCUUUACAACUUGUGUUUUCAGAUAAAGGCACUUCCAGUGAUGUGGAAAGUAGUUGCUACUCCAAGCCUAACUUGGACCCUACUUGUAAAGGCUCCCAGAGUCCUGAUAAAUCUCCUAAGUCUGCAAGCAUAGCAGUGUUAAACCCAAAACUGAUUUGUUUAGGCACUCCUUGUGUUGUUUCAGGUUCUGUUUCUACUAACGCUGAAGUCAGUGAAGCUAGAACUGUGGAAAGAAAAAGCAGUGACCCAUUACUUCUCAAAGAGGUAUAUUCAGAAGCCCCCGAGGUUGACAGUGAAACUCACGUGGAUACAAGUGACCCUUUUUCAGCCAGUACUGAUGUGGUAGAACAGGGGCUUGUGGAAAACUACUUUGGAGCUCAGAGCCUGACCGAUAUCUCUAGUGCAUGCGAUGUUAGCUCUGACAAGUCAGUUAGCCCUCAGAAGGAACCUGGUGAAAGAGGAAUUAGUAAUCUUCAAAAGGAGCAGGAAGAUGAGGAUGAGGAGGAAGAACAGGAUCAACAAAUGGUUCAGAAUGGGUAUUAUGAAGAAACAGAUUGCCCGGCCUUGGGCGGGACAGGAAGCACUCCCUACACCAGCAGAGACCCACUGGCAGAAGCCGGGCUCACCAAGUCAGAGAAGUUGAAGAGUGACUACUUGCAAGAUGGCCUCAAUAUGCCUACUGUGUGUGCUUCUGGGUGUCUGUCUUUCCCGUCUGCACCGCGAGAGCCUCCUUAUAUGAAGUAUUCUUCCAAAAGUAAAGUUGAUGCAAUUACAAAGCAACCAAGCAGCGCUUCUCACAUCUUCACUUCCUUGACUUCCUGGUAUGAGAAUUCGCCGAAACCUCAAGUACAAGCCUUUCUUCAGGCAAAAGAAGAACUGAAGCAGCUCAGGCUGCCCGGGUUUAUGUACAGUGACCUUCCUGUGCUGGCGUCCUCGGUGCCCUACUUCAGCGUGGAAGAGGAGGAUGCCCCUGGAGACGGCGUGCACCUCGUUGUCUGUGUGCACGGGCUGGAUGGUAACAGUGCAGAUCUCCGACUAGUAAAAACUUACAUUGAACUUGGACUGCCUGGAGGAAGAAUUGAUUUUCUUAUGUCGGAGAGAAAUCAGAAUGACACUUUUGCAGAUUUUGAUAGCAUGACUGAUCGCCUUUUGGAUGAGAUCAUACAGUAUAUUCAGAUAUAUAGUCUAACGGUCUCAAAAAUAAGCUUCAUUGGACAUUCAUUGGGCAAUUUAAUAAUCCGUUCUGUGCUUACGAGGCCGAGGUUUAAAUAUUACCUCAACAGACUUCAUACCUUCCUGUCUCUCUCUGGACCUCACCUGGGUACACUCUACAAUAGCAGUACUCUUGUUAACACAGGUCUCUGGUUUAUGCAGAAAUGGAAAAAGUCAGGCUCCCUUCUGCAGCUGACGUGUCGAGAUCACUCAGACCCUCGCCAGACAUUUUUAUAUAAGCUUAGUAAUAAAGCAGGGCUUCAUUAUUUCAAAAAUGUUGUGCUGGUGGGAUCGCUGCAGGACCGCUAUGUUCCGUAUCAUUCUGCCCGGAUUGAAAUGUGUAAAACAGCCUUAAAGGACAAACAGUCAGGGCAGAUCUAUUCGGAAAUGAUCCACAACCUGCUUCGGCCUGUUCUGAAAAGCCGGGACUGUCACUUGGUGCGGUACAACGUCAUCAACGCUCUGCCCAACACGGCCGACUCGCUCAUCGGGAGGGCGGCACACAUCGCUGUGCUCGACUCGGAAAUAUUCCUAGAGAAGUUCUUCCUGGUUGCUGCCCUCAAGUAUUUCCAGUAGAAUAAGAGCAUUGCUAGAGUUUGACAAUUACCUCAUUCAGCAGUGAUUCCGAUAGUGUAUUAUAGUUAAAUGUAGAUGCCAAUAAGUUCCAAGAGAUAUUUAUACCUUUUUGUAUGGAAGAUAAUUUAUAUCAUCCAUGUGUAGAGCUUUUUAAACAUUGGAUUUACUUUGUAGGUAAUGUGGCUGUGCAAUAUUUUUUAAUUUUCCCUUUUUACUUUUCUAUUACUUUUUCAUAUAUUUUGCUACCUAAGUAUUUCAGUGAAAUUUUAAGCCCAUGUGUAUGUCUAUUUAUUAUUGGCUUUCCACGGUCUCCGUCAGACUACAUCCUCCUAGAGGCAGUUACUGUAGAAGAGCAUGGGGUUUUAUGUUUUUUAGUUUGGGGUAUUAUUUAGUUAACUAUACAUUUUACUUUUAACAUCUUACUGUGUUUUAACUGGAAAUACAAUUAUGGCUGCUAAAAUAUAUUUUUGAAAUCAACUUCUUUAGUCCUAAAAUGUACUUUUAUCAUAAGCUCAAACCAGGUAGUUCAUACAUGACAAUGUUAUACCAGUUUUCUAUCAAGUCAUUACCAUUGCAUAUGUCAUGCCGAUUAAAAUAUAUUUUCUACUGGUGGGUUCAACAUUAUUUCUCAUGUUGACUUUUAUUAAAGAUUUUUGAAUGUUUGAAUGCCCUCUGCCUUGAUUAGAUUGGAAUUUUGCUAAAUUUCGUAAUGUUGCUUGAACUUUCUGACCACAUUUCUUUUAACUUUUCUCAUGGACUUCCUUGUAUGUACAUAAUAACUAAAUGUUGAAAUUUAUGAAUACUUUUAUGAAUUUAGAUAAUUUUUAUUGUUAAAAUUUAUUGAUCUAAAGGGUAAUGUAAAUAAAAUAAUUAAGGUUAAAAAUGGAAAAAACUUGACAUGUUUGGUGAUACAGAUGCAAAUGUUUUUGAUAUAUGGCGAUGUCAAGUCUUUUGACUUUACUAAAGGUGCUGAAUAGUAUUAAAUUCACUAUUUUCCUUUACUGUUUUACUUGUAAAAAUAAUACUGCACUAAGAGUGGACGGAAUGUCUGUUUGCAUUCACCAAUUAUAAUAGAGGGUUUUUCCAAGCAUAUACUGUAUAAUCAACGCAUGUUUAUUUCUAGCAUCAUGCUGUUGCCCUGGUGUUAAUAAAAGAACACAUGACUGGCUGGA